AUGGUUGAUCAGAAAAAAGAACAUCAGAAGAGUCUUGCGCAGCUGGUGUACGACUUGAAAACGAAGAAGAUUUUGUGCCGCGUUCGUGACUACCCUGCGAUCACGCUUGACGAACUCAAUCAGUACGUGGAGAAGCAAGGUCCGCUUUACAACCCUGUUUUCGGUGAGCAACCAGAAUUUUUCAUUGACGAAGGCUUCUUCACGCCAUAUAGAAUGGUUGUAUACGGCAAUGCGAAAGUUGCAGCCAAGAUAACAAGUCUACUGGAUGGAUGGUCCAGGUGGUCAGGUCAUGGUGGCAGAGUAACAACCUCACAAGGAGCUUUCAUUCUCGAGCAAGGUACCGACGAACGGAAAGUUCGAAUGCCUGAUGUCGCAUACACACCGCGAGACGUCGACAGAGCUCUAACCAAUGAGCAAAAUCGGACGUGUCGUGGCGAUCCAUAUGUUCCAACAUUCGUCGUAGAGAUUGACAAGCUUGCUGAUAGAAACUCACAACGCAAGGCACUCGAUCGCAAGAUGCGAGAUGAGUAUAUUCCGCAUGGCGUUCAGUUGGGAUGGCUGAUUGAUCCCCGACCUCAACAUCGCAUCAUUUACGAGUACAAGCUUGACGAACAUGGACAGGUACAUUGCGUCCACAAUCACAAAUGGCGAGAUCUCGAUGGUGGUAAUGUGCUUCCAGGUUUCAGACUACGCUCAGUUAAAUUGGAGAUGGUCUUGAAUCAAGAUUCAGGAUCGUCAUCCGAAGAAGAAGUUGAUCUACCGUGCCCAAUCCCACGUUGCAGAACGAGGCUCCGAACCCUUGGUUCAUUGACUGCCCAUGUUGAAGAUCACCGUACAGAGCGAGCUAUAGCAAAAUAUGUAGCGAAUGAGUCGUAG